GGCGAUGGUGCGUGUGUGUGUGGGGGGCGGGGGAGACGCUGGGCGCGUCCCCGGGGUCACGUGGUGCGCAGCACGCACAGUCCUUCUGUCGGUUGGUCCUGGAGCGGCGCAGCAGGAGCGGGGCCGUGAGGAGAAUAAAGACAGCCCCAUUGAUGACUGAAAAUGACAAAGCAUCCACCUAACAGAAGAGGAAUCAGCUUUGAAGUGGGAGCCCAGUUGGAAGCCCGGGACCGAUUAAAGAACUGGUAUCCAGCUCACAUAGAAGACAUUGACUACGAAGAAGGCAAAGUCCUCAUCCAUUUUAAGCGCUGGAACCAUCGUUAUGAUGAGUGGUUCUGCUGGGAUAGUCCUUAUUUACGCCCUUUAGAGAAAAUACAGCUCAGGAAAGAGGGCUUACAUGAAGACGACGGAUGUUCUGAAUUUCAAAUAAAUGAGCAGGUCCUUGCUUGCUGGUCUGAUUGUCGAUUUUAUCCAGCCAAAGUCACUUCUGUGAACAAGGAUGGUACUUACACUGUGAAAUUUUAUGAUGGAGUAGUUCAGACUGUCAAACAUAUUCAUGUCAAAGCUUUUUCCAAAGAUCAGAAUAUUGUGGGUAAUGCUAGGCCUAAAGAAACAGAUCACAAAAGUCUUUCGUCAUCUCCUGAUAAACGAGAGAAGUUUAAGGAACAGAAAAAAGCCGUGGUCAAAGGGAAGAAAGACAAAGAAGACAAAGCCUUAAAGACAGAAAAACGGCCCAGGCACCCUGACAAGGAAGGCAAGUUAAUCUGUUCUGAAAAAAGCAAGGUGUCUGAGAAAAGCCUGCCUAAGAACGAGAAGGAAGAUAAGGAGAACAUUUCAGAAAAUGACAGGGAGUACUCUGGGGACAUCCAAGUGGAUAAAAAGCCUGAAAAUGAUAUUGUGAAGAGUCCACAAGAGAACUUGAAGGAGCCAAAAAGAAAACGAGGCAGACCCCCUUCCAUAGCUCCUACUGCUGUGGAUUCAAACUCUCAAACGUUGCAACCAAUAACAUUGGAAUUGAGAAGACGGAAAAUAUCGAAAGGAAGUGACAUCCCAUUAAAACGUCCUCGGCUGGAUAAAAAUUCCUCCCAGGAACAGUCAAAAACCUGCUCUGAAAACAGUGACAAAGACUUAUCCAGGAGACGGUCCUCCAGAUUGUCCACUAAUGGGACCCAUGAGAUACUAGAUCCUGACUUGGUUGUGCCAGAUGUGGCUGAUACUGUUGGUAAGGACCCUCUGCAAGACACACCUUCUAGUGCCAGCAAAUCUGUUGAAGGUCAGUUGAACUCUCCUUUGGAAGCUGGCCAGGUUCCAUCUGCUUUAACUUGUCACUCCUUUGGGGAUGGAUCAGGAGCCACAGGCUUGGAGUUAAACUGCAAGUCAAUGGGAGAAAACACAAUGAAAACAGAACCGGCAUCCUCCCUUGCUGAAUUACCAGAGGCUUCUACUGUGGAAGUACCAAAUACUUGUAAGAAAACAGAUGACUUUGGGACAUCUAAUGUGCCAGCUGUUGAUCUAGACCACAAAUUUAGAUGCAAGGUUGUGGACUGUUUAAAAUUUUUUCGCAAAGCUAAACUGUUGCACUACCACAUGAAAUAUUUUCAUGGAAUGGAGAAGUCCCCAGAGCCAGCAGAGAGCCCGGGGAAGAGGCAUGUCCAAACGAGGGGCUCUUUAAUGUCCGACAAGGCCAGUCAGGAGAACCUGACUCGGAAGCGUGUCUCUGCCAGCUCUCCAACUACAAAAGAGAAGGAAAAAAAUAAAGAGAAGAAAUUCAAAGAGUUUGUGAGAGUGAAGCCAAAGAAGAAAAAGAAAAAGAGAAAGAAAACCAAACCUGAAUGUCCAUGUAGUGAGGAGAUCACUGACCCCUCCCAGGAACCUUCUCCACCCAAGGGAUUUGCUGUCAUCAAGUGCGGGUCUUCACAGAAGCCUGGGGUCCAUAUGAGUCCACAGCUUCAUAGUUCAGAAUCUGGAAACCACAAAGGAAAAUUGAAAGCUUCUGAGGAGGACAAUUUGAGUGAAUCUUCUUCUGAGAGCUUUCUUUGGAGUGAUGAGGAAUAUGGCCAAGAUGUUGAUGUGACUACCAACCCAGACGAGGAGCUUGAUGGGGAAGACCGCUAUGAUUUUGAGGUUGUCCGUUGCAUCUGUGAAGUCCAGGAGGAAAAUGACUUCAUGAUUCAGUGUGAAGAGUGCCAGUGCUGGCAGCAUGGGGUCUGCAUGGGAUUACUGGAAGAAAAUGUACCUGAGAAGUAUACCUGUUAUGUUUGCCAAGAUCCUCCAGGUCAGAGGCCGGGCUUCAAAUACUGGUAUGACAAGGAGUGGUUGAGCAGGGGCCAUAUGCAUGGCCUGACAUUUCUGGAGGAGAACUACUCCCAUCAGAAUGCUAAGAAGAUAGUGGCCACCCACCAGCUUCUUGGCGAUGUACAAAAAGUGAUCGAGGUUCUGCACGGCUUGCAGCUCAAGAUGAGCAUCUUGCAAAGCAGGGAACAUCCUGAUUUGCAGCUCUGGUGCCAGCCUUGGAAACAGCACUCGGGGGAAGGGAGAGCUCAUUCCAGACACAUACAUGUCACAGAUGCCCGGAGCAAGGAGGAAGCCUCCAGCUAUAGAACUUUGAAUGGGGCAGUAGAAAAGCCUCUACCCCGGUCGGUGGAAGAGUCCUAUAUCACCAGUGAGCAUUGCUACCAGAAACCCCGCGCCUAUUACCCAGCUGUGGAGCAGAAACUGGUGGUAGAGACUCGAGGCUCUGCCCUUGAUGCAGUCAACCCUCUCUGUGAGAAUGGCGAAGAUCCCCUCUCCCCUCGCUUAGACUGGCCUCUAGACCAAGACAGGAGCAGAGACAGUGAUCCCAAACCCAGUUCCCCGAAGGUGAGGGAAUACAUCUCCAAAAAGGUUCUACCAGAGGAAGUCCCUGCUCGGAAGCUGCUGGACAGAGGUGGAGAUGGGCUCCUGAGUUCCCAGCACCAGUGGCAGUUUAACCUGCUGACACAUGUGGAGUCUCUUCAGGAUGAAGUCACACAUCGGAUGGAUUCCAUUGAGAAGGAGCUGGAUGUGCUGGAGAGCUGGCUGGACUACACUGGGGAGCUGGAGCCCCCAGAGCCACUGGCCAGGCUUCCACAGCUCAAGCAUUGCAUCAAGCAGCUGCUGACGGACCUGGGCAAAGUGCAGCAGAUUGCCCUCUGCUGCUCAUCAUGAAAUUGGGCACCCAAGACUAACUGGGGCACAAUCUUGGGACACCUGCAGGAGGAGCUUUGCAUAUUUAAAUAAACCUAGCAUGCCGAAUGCACGUGACACCGACCGACUUCAGGGAUUUGGCCAGGAGUGGGAUGGACACUGGACAUAAAGGCCAUUUUGGCUGGUGGAGGGCAGGGCACUGUGAUCUGGAAGCCUACCAAGGAGGUAGCUGAGUCUUGGAAUUCCCUUCUUUUGUGCACAUCGUUGAAUGAAGCGAGUCUUUGCACAAUCUUCACUUGAAAUCGUGCCACUGAUAAUGGAAUGAGAGCCAAAAGAACUUAGAAACUGUUGUAAAUUCAAUUUCAGUAUAUUUAAUUGAUGUUUGGGUCAGGUUGGGGCACAUGCCAACUCUUCUGGUUUCUCUGCCUGGCAUGGUGUCAGGCAGCAGGCAUCACUUUCAUUAUGCAGCUUCAAUGGAAUGUUGGGACUUCCCCAUGCUAUGAAUUUUGGGAAGGAGCAGAGGCUGCUGCUACUCUGCUGUCUCAGUACUCUCCACUUUUCUCACAUCUCUUGCAUGAUUUCAUGGUACCAGGAACAAAUUUUUAUGCUUUUACCCCAGAAUUGGUUGGGCUUGGGCCUUUGUUGCAGAGCCCAUACAACCAGUGGUGGAACUAGAAUCUUGCUACAAUAAGAAUCUGGAAGGAAUUCCAAACUGAAGCAGGCAGGGUCUGGAACCCAAAGGACAGUGUUUUCUACCCACUUCUUAGUAUUUACAGCUUCCCAGUUCUAUUUAAAAUCCAAAAAAGAAAAAUGUUUUCCAACAUUUCAAACUCCUCACUGUAAAGAUUUGUUAUGAAGAAUGUACUUGGGGAAUUACUGUAUUUUAUACUGUUGUCUGCAAACUUCAGAUUCUGUAUGUGCCGUUAUCUCCUUCCCCGAUGCUCAUGUUCAGUAGGCAUUUCAGAAUUGCCCAUGACACUUUAAAUUUCCUGUUUGCAUUAUUUUAUGAGAUCAAGGUGAUAUGCUGCUUAAGGUCCUGGUACUAUCCUGUACCUUUUGAGACAUUAUUUGUGUUACUUUUGCAGUUUGUUGUUCCAUGUGUAAUUGAACUAUUUUGUUUUACCUUACUAGACAGUUAAAAAAAAAAUAUUCCAUGCUUUGAGGACUCCGUUUCAUAUUUUCUUAUCACUAAAGGCAAAAAUCAAAGCACAGCUGUCCAUUAAUACUCACGAAUUAUGGGUUUAUAAAUCUGUAAUGUUAUAUACUGCAAAUAUUUACUAUGUAAACGUGAAGUAGCCAAUAUCUCAAUAGCAGUGACAGUAUCUCCAGUAACUUUUGGAAUGGUGAAGCUUUAAGGCCCUCCCCAUUGUGGUGAGGAAUUCAGGCCUCUGUAGAGAGAGGUUUCUGGGUAAUUCUCUUUGUAGUGACUUGUUCACCAUUUACUAUGAAAUGAACUGUAAGACAAGUACAAGCUGGCCUGGUAGAGCUUGUCCAUCAGAGGGAUACCUGCAGCUGUAGCAUACAUGUAAUGGGAUCAACAGAAUUCCUUACAAAAGGCCAACACUGGUGUUUCUGGUAUGGGAAGAAGUGGUCUCUGUUCUGGAUAAUUAUCACAUAGCUACAUCUUAAGGACUGUGUUUGCCUGAAAAGGGAAGAAACGGAAUCUCCUAUAGCCACAGCUGUGAGGUGUGAUUGUUGUAUUUGUUACUGAUUUUUCUUUUAUGAAAGUACCUUUGAGUAUCAUAUCUGAGGAAGCUGUACUUUGAAGGUAGUUAAUUUCCUGUCUUGUUCAAAGAUGUAAGCAGAAACUGAAUGAUCCUAAAUUUGCCAAGUGGUCAUUACGGAGUUUAUCAUUUAGGUUUUGUGAAGGAAAUAAUCUGGUUUCAUUGUCUUUUGUUCUUAGGGAAGCAAGAAGAUUCCCCAAGUUCUGAUAACCUCUGUGCUUCCUUAAUUUAAAGCCAUGUUGAGGGGCUCCAGUCCCAAUUUCUGGGUUAGAGUGAGUAAACCCCAAGUUGAAGCACUGGAAUCUGUUAUUUGCAAACAAUGCUGAAACCAUUUAUAAAUAUGGGCACUACCUAAAUUUUGUCUGUUAAAAACUAUCCACAUAUAAAAAAUUGCCUUGACAAACAGUUCUGGUCUAGUUUGACUAGUUAUUUUGCUUAAGUGAUAAGUGUGUGCAGGUGGAUCCUUGAUGAGCCAACAAUGCUCUGUGGAUACAUGUCUAUGUUUACGUGCUAUUAGAACAGGAGGCAUCAUAUAUAAAUAUUGCUUUGAAGCAAUAUUUGCAAAACACGCAAAACUUCUGUAUCUGUAUUCGGGAAAAAAUAAAACAGGUUCUUGUUGCUA